AUGUCGUCAGAGAGCGACCGCUCGGAGCAUCGACCUCUCCCGGUGCAUGUGGAACAAGGGAGUCCACUUCUUGCACCGGGAGAUGCAAAGGGAAUACCGGCACCGGCCGCAAUGCCCACUACUCCGAGCUUGUCUGGAAUGUGGCAGCCAGAAGGCAUGCCGAUGUUGAUGAUGCAGAUGUUGGAAAAACUGUUGGAGACACCCAGAGGUCUGCCGCUGCAAGGAACUUCUGGAGCCCCAACAUUCAAUGGUAAGGAGGUCAGUGAAUUCCUGAGGACCUUGCAUUCGUUGUUUAGGAACCAUGGAAUCACGCGAGAGGAGGACAAGAUAAGUGCCCUGUGUGAUUAUGUGUCAGUAAGUGUGUGUGAGUGGGUAGAGAGUCUCCCUGAAUAUGAGAGGAAGGACUAUGAAGGAUUGGAGAAGUGGCUCCUAGAGGAGUAUCAGGACCAGGAUUCAGCACAGGCCAAGCUCAACAUAGGCUGGCUUAGCAGGUUUGUUGCUCAGAAACGGUCAACAGAUGACAACUUGACCAAGUAUGUUCGCGAAUUUAGCAACGUCUCUGGUGAACUGAUGCGCCGAGGCCAGCUGGUGGAAUUCUUGAGAACAGAGAUGUUCCUGCAGGGUCUGCCGGAGGAGGUGCAGGUUGAAGUGGUAAGGAGGGCGAAGAUUAGCCCUCAGAAGUUCGAGACUAUGAAGUUCGCAAGGGCCCGGGAGGCAGUUGAAGAAUAUCUGGAGGAAGUGGCUGGAUUAAAGUUAAUUCGGCAGGGUUGUGGAGGGAAGCAUGUGAACUUCGCAGAGGAAGUGUCAGCUGCGCAUAGCUUAGUAGUUGUGCAGCCAGAUGGGCGAGUCCCAGAUGAACAACGACAGCCAGAGGACAGAGAACCAGUGUCUACAGGGAAGCGGCAGGUGCCAAGAACAGCCCCAGGAACGAGACACCAGGAAACGCUAGAUGACCUGGCUGAACGGAUGAGGAAAAUGGAAAUCAGCCUCAUGGAGUUGAGACAGAACGACUUCCGAAGACAUGGGCUAAAUGACAUACCCAAUCGACGGGGGUAUGUGCCAAUCGUGGGUGACCAAUGCCGGUUCUGUCUGGAAACGGGUCACACCAACAUACGGGGGACAUGUCCACGGUACCAAGCAUUGGCUGCCCAGGGUCUAUGCCAUAUUGCUGAAGAUGCCAAAGUCCGUUAUGGACCGAUUGGAGGAGCCGGAGAGGUGGUAAGGGUAAUUACCAAUGGUAAGAGCAUGAAGGAGUCCAUUGAGGAAUAUGGAAAGCAGCACCAGACUGGGAACAGUGCAGUGGGUUAUGUACACAACAUGUUAAAAGAAACUGCGUACAUUGAGGAAGUGGAGGAGGAAGAUGAAGAAGGAUUUAUGGAAAGCUUUGUUGAAAUGGAGGUUAAUGCGCUGGUUAAUGCGGAAAAGAGAAAGAUAACCCCAGAGGGGCGUGCAGACCCCAAGCGACGUGCACUGGACGAUGUGGCUAGGAGGGAAGAAGAAAUUCCCAUCUUGAAGACAGUCCGUCCAGGAAGAUAUGAGGAAAUUGAGGAACCUGACGCAGAUGUGGAGAUGGAAGAUCGACCGGACUACCGAGUUAGGGAUGUGGAGGAAGGUUUAAGAAGAUCGUUUGGGGCCCCCAAAGCAAGAGUCCCCCAGAGGAAAGAUGCCCCAAAAGCUAAGCUUAACAAAUUGGCGGAUGAACCGAAGAAUUCAACGGACAUUAAGGACAUACGGAAUCGGACUCUGAAUACCACGGUGACAUUAUCACUCCAGGAGCUGCUAGGGAUGUCUGAUGGGCUGCAUCGGAGCCUUUUCUCAGGAACCUGA